UUACCUAGGGGGACUCUUCCGGAGCGAGCGACCUACACAAACAAAAAUACACUAAACUUGUUGAAUUCUCGACGGAUUUUGUCUAAAUGAUAAUUUGUGUGGAUGCAGUUGGGUAUCAGCUAGCAAAGAAACAAGAGGAUUUGAAUGAGACAUGUGAGCCACUUGAACUAUUACAAAGUAACCUGGACUUAAUUCUAUACAGAAAAAAAACCCUACAGUGCAAGAUGCCAGACUUUUGUGCAGCAUAUGGAUGCUCCAACGAACGUUCCUUCAAAACAAAAGCCCGUGGGAUCACCUUUCACUCGUUUCCCCUAAACGCAGAGAAGAGGAGGCAAUGGGAACUUGCUCUAAGAAGGGACGGUUUUGUUGCAUCAAAGAACUGCAAAUUGUGCAGUGAACAUUUCAGGAGUGAGGAUUUUGACAGGACGGGGCAGACUGUCCGGCUGAAGGCUGGUGUUGUGCCAACCAUUUUCAAGUUCCCUGCUCAUCUCCAAAGACCGGUAGCAACAAGAAGUACUGCUGCCUCUAGAAGAACAGAAGAAAACCUGCCCAUAGACCUGCACCAGGAUAAGCCUCCACCUGAUGAUCCUCAGGCAGUCACUGAAGAGAGGAGAAAGAGCCUGAAGAGGAUGGCCCCUGACCACCUGUAUGCAUUGCCUUCCUGCCCCAAGGCUAUAAAGGCCAAACUCGAUGCAGCCUUGGCAACAGUGCAGAAACUGCAGCGGGAGAAGAGCAAUGCCUUGGCCAGGGAGAGGAGGGCAAAGAAAGCGACUGUUGGUUUGGAGUGAAUGUUGAAUUGUUUUGGAAUUGUGCACACCUGUUAAUAAAAUAAACCUUGAUGUCAUG